AUGCGCGGAAUGAGUCAUUUGGAAUGCAAGUAUCACCCGUAUGCCGUUCUUAUAGAAGACUCUCAUGCUGGAGAUAUGGUUUGCUCGAUGUGUGGAUUGGUUGUUGCUGAUAGAGUAAUUGACGUUGGAUCAGAAUGGCGUACAUUUUCAAAUGAUGCUAACGCAAAAGAUAUGUGCAGAGUAGGAGCCAGUGAAAAUCCUUUAUUAGAUGGCGGUGAUCUUUCAACUAUGAUUAGUGGACCGUCACCGUCUGAUUCACGGCAACUUGAUGAGAACGGAAAACCCCUGUAUCGAAAUCGCCGUAAUAUAUCUGCAACUGAUAGGGUUCUUUUGAGUGCAUUCAGAGAAAUCGGUCAAAUGGGUGAACAUUUGAACCUUCCUAAAAGUAUAUCGGAUCAUGCCAACCUACUGUUUAAACAAGUUCAUGAGACAAAGAAUCUUCGAGGUCGUAGCAAUGAUGCGGUUUCAACUGCUUGUCUUUAUAUGGCCUGUCGUCAAGAAGGUGUUCCUCGAACCUUUAAAGAGGUGUGCGCUGUAUCACGAGUAUCGAAAAAAGAAAUAGGCAAAGUUUUUAAAAAGAUUCUAAAGAUCCUGGAAACAAAUGUACAAUCUGUGACAGUCGAGGACUUUAUGUCAAGAUUCUGUGGUAACUUAAAUCUGAAUAUUGCUGUUCAAAGAGUUGCAAAUGUGGUCGCCAGAAGAGCGUUGAACUUAAAUUUGGUUGCUGGUCGAAGUCCAGUUUCAGUGGCUGCAGCAGCGAUCUAUAUGGCUGCUUAUGCAUUAGGUUACCGGAAAGAGAAACGAGAAAUUGGUGAUGUUGCAGGUUGUGCUGAAGCUACAAUCACAUGUACUUAUCGUUCAAUGCAUUCAAGAGCUAGUGAAUUGUUUCCUGAAGAUGUUAGAUUGGCGAUUAGACCAGAAGAAUUACCUUUGUGAUUUCAUUUGUAUAUUUCUCUCUCUUAUAUCCAUACAUCACGUUAUUGAUUUAUAAUAUGUUCAUAUGAGUAUUGUGGUUUAUUAUUCUCUU